AUGGAUCUCUUAAAAAACUUAAAAGAACAAGUUAACUCUUAGCAAUCAGAAACUGAGAAGGAAGAAUCUCAAACCCAAGCCUAGGUCUAACAAAAUGACGAAAAAAGCAACCUCAGCAAUAAGUCUAAAUUGACUAAUUAAAAUAAAAAGGAAGUCCAAAUUAACUACUUCUAAUCACCAGCCUUUAACAACACUAUUUUGAAUAGUCUUGCUUCUAUUAAGCCUAUGACUUUACAAGAUAACAGCAAAGCAUUUGUCAUUGGUAUUUGUGGAGGUGUUUCUGCUGGUAAAAGUAUUAUUACAAACUUAAUUUACAACUCCUUAAAGACUCAUAAUCUUAGUGUUGCAAAUCUCAUCCAAAGCAGCUUCUAUAAACAGAUUCCUUAAAAUGAUUAAAAUUAAAAUAAAGAUGAACAAAAAAAGAACUACAACUAUGAUGAACCUGAUGCUAUUGACUGGGUUCAUUUCAAGGAAGCUCUUACUACUUUGAUCGAUAAGAAACCUUUUAAUGCUCCUGUUUAUGAUAUGAAAUUAGAAUAGUAUUCUAAGGAAACUUAAAAUUAUAGAACUGCAGAUGUCAUUAUUGUUGAAGGUACUCUUAUCUUCUCACAAGAACCUAUCAGAGAAUUAUUUAACCUCAAGCUUUUCCUCGACACUGAUGAAGAUGUUAGAUUAAGCAGAAGAAUUUAUAAGGAUGUUUGCAUUAGAGGUAAAGAUAUUGAAAAUGUUGUUCAAAGAUAUUUAAAAUACACCAAGAUUGGCUUCGAAAAAUACACUCUUCCUUCAAAGAAGUAUGCUGAUAUUAUCAUUCCUAACUACGGUGGUGGUUACUCUUCUUCUUACCAAGAAGAAAUCCUUGCAGGUUUUGGUUCAUUAGAUAAUGCUGCUUUAGAAGUUAUUAUUAACCAAAUCGUAACUAGGGGAGUAGAAUAAAAAGUAAAAUAAGGCCAAUAAAACUGA